CGCAAGGGUCAAAACAAGAGUCGUGAGCGAUGAGCAAGGCCAUGUUCUCCGUGCACCCCGGCGGAACGUCCAACUGCGCAAUCGCUGGAGGAAGGUCUCGCAUUCACACGACCUUUUCCGACGGUGUCGAGAUGGUUGAAGAAUACACAGCCGACGGCCGACCUCAGCUCUUAGUUCGGCGAUGGAAGGCGCCUACAGCACUGGGAGGGGAUGGGAAAUGGGAGUUUGAAGUGGGCGAACCCACGCUGGACACCGUUGUCGAGAAAGACAUUGGCAUUGUUCCCAGCGGUACCAAUCCGAUCUUUUUGUGCCGAGAAUCCACCGCAACGUGGGAAUGGCGAGUGCGGAAUUUGCCAUAUCCCAAGGACACUUACGUGAUCACAAUCGACCAAGCCACGCAAGAAAUCAUCAUUCGAACCACGAACAAGAAGUACUUUAAGCGAUUUCGUGUCCCUGCGAUGGUCCGCGCCAGCCUUCCCCUCCAACAGAGCUCCCUCUCUCACACCCACAGCAACAACACCCUUGUCGUCCAGUACGAAAAACCCGAUGAAGUCGUGGAGGCCGAGAAAAAUUUGCUGGAUGAGCGACUCAGUGAGAGCAAGCGGGCAGGCGAUUCGCAAUGUCGUCAACAGUAAAGCAUCGAAUGCUAAGGUGCAGUGGUAUAACAUUUCGAGGGUAAUUCAUUAUUGAAGUAUUUCCCGUGUCGAA